CCCCCACUAUGACGACGGCCAAGCGACUCGACCCACGAACCGAGAGCGACGCGGCGCCCAUCACGGGCUACUGCAAGGACCGCUUCGAUCCGUCGCACCCGGACGCGGACUGGGGCGGCUACGUCAACCGUACGUUCAAGAAGCGGGCGUAUCAAGACCCCGUGUCGACCCGAGACCACUUGGUCCACGGCAAAGAUGCCAUUUUGCCUGCGCUCAUGGCCGAGAAACCGGCCGGUCGACGGACGUUUACGACGAAUCUCAACCAAGCCAGCGUCGACCCGGCAGCCAAAGACUCACCGUUCCAUACCGGCGUACACCAGGUUGGACCGGGGGGCGAGCACAACUGCAACAGCUGGAAAACGUCGUAUGAGCUCCAGACGUCGGCGGCGGCGCAGAACAACCGCGAUAACCAAGCGCCCGGCACGGUUCGAAGCUUGGGCCAGUUGCCGCAUAAACGACACCCCCAGGCAGCUGUGGAGGCCAAGCGUGGGACGCCCCCGCGCACCCUCCCGCCACUCGAGACGGGACAGGGGGCGACCAAGCUGCCCGAGGUGCGCAAGCAAGGAGGGUCGCUGCUCGCUGGGAUUGGCCAGCGUCUCGCGGUGUCCGACACGCUCGCCCAUCAACCGCUGCCGGCCGCGCACCUCUCUACCGCGUAUACCACGCAGCACAAGACCCUCGAGACCGAGAACCGACACAAAGUCCUGCUCGGGUACACGGGGCAUCGAAAAGGGCUAUAAAGAUGAACAUCAAAUUGACGUUUCUUCCUUG